AUGGCUGCGGCGGCCGCCGCUGGCUCCUUGCUUCUCUGUCUGCUCGGCCUGGUGCUGCCCGGUAGCACCGCGCUGCACACCAAGGGCUCCGUGCCCCUUGACACCAUCACCUUCUACAAGGUAAUCCCAAAGCAUAAGUUUGUCCUGGUGAAAUUUGAUACACAAUAUCCCUAUGGUGAGAAACAAGAUGAGUUUAAAAAGCUGGCAGAGAGCUCAGGCUCCAGUGAGGACCUUCUGGUGGCUGAGGUGGGGAUAUCAGAUUACGGUGAUAAACUGAACACUGAGUUGGGAGAAAAGUACAAGCUGGAUAAGGAGAAAUUCCCUAUUUUUUACUUGUUCCAGGAUGGUGACUUUGACAAUCCCUUACCUUACAGUGGGCAUAUCAAGGCCGGGGCUAUUCAGCGCUGGCUGAAGAGUAAUGGCAUCUAUCUGGGGAUGCCAGGGUGCCUGAAAGAGUUUGACAUGCUGGCCAGCAAGUUUGUGAGCACCACUGAGAAAUCUGAACGCCAGUCCCUCCUGAAAAAGGGCCAAGAGAGCUUAGGCAAAACAAGAGAGACAGAGAAGAAAUCAGCUGAGCAAUACUUGAAAAUUAUGAGCAAGAUACUGGAGCAGGGAGAAGAGUUUGCUGCUAAUGAAGUUGUCCGAAUCACAAAACUGAUCGAGAAGAACAAAAUGAGUGAUGGGAAAAAGGAGGAGCUCCAGAAAAGUCUCAAUAUCCUUGCUUCUUUCCUGAAGAAGAAUAAUGAAAAAGAUGAGCUCUAAUAUGUUGGAGAACUUUGUACAAGCUGUGAAAUACUGUCAGAGAGUCCUCACCAGUUCUCCUUAUGCAAGCAAACUUCCCACUGACUUCAAGAAAGCAGCAGAUUUCCUUCUGGUAGUGUCAGUUUAGAAGAGCAAGAGGAUGACAUUCCUUUACAACAGAGUAUUCUAAAUGUUGGGAAAAUCACUUUAAAGCAAGAUGCCAGUAUUGUGUAAUUCUAUUGAAUAACAGUGUUAAA